AUACAUGCGCAGACGCGUUGGCCAACUACUGCUUCCGGUACAGUCACCGAGACAGACCCUACAGGAGAAGAAGAAGAGCCGAGGACUGGACAGGCGCCUCGACAAGCAUAUUGGUGUCCUGCUUCCAUCGGGAUUGAAUGUUUUCUACGAUACAUCUGAUCUGAUGCAACAUGGCAGCAUCACAUGUUAAUAGAUGUCUCAUAAGGACAGUCACGAGAUGUCUCCGGGACCGCGGUCGGCAGCCAAAUGUGAUGACAGUAAGGCCUUUCGGACACUUUUCUAACUCCUCUCCAGGUAAAGAGGACCAUGAAGCAGGAGCUGUAACGUUAGUCUCACGCCGGAGUUCAGGAGGCGGCGGUCGCAGCGCUCGCCUGGCAGCCGCGCUUGGACUGGGACUCGGAGCAGCAGCAUUGUAUUCAUUAAGAGACGAGGACAAUACAGAUGCCCUACAGAGGACAGUCGCGCUUAGGCAUUUGCUAAUUGACAGUUUACUACCGACGGUCCAAUGUGCCUCCCCGUUUAAACCGGACAGCCCGCGGUACAAGUAUAAUUUCAUCGCGGAUGUGGUUGAGAAGUCCACACCUGCUGUAGUCUACAUCGAGAUCGUUGGGCGACACCCCUUUUCUGGCCGUGAGGUGCCCAUCUCGAAUGGCUCUGGCUUCAUCAUAAGUAGCGAUGGCCUGAUAGUGACCAAUGCCCAUGUGGUCGCCAACAAGCGUGGCGUUCGUGUUAAACUGACCAAUGGAGAGACUUACAACGCCACGGUCCAGGAUGUCGACCAGGCUGCAGACAUCGCUACCAUCAAAAUCAAUGCUAAGCAUCCCCUCCCAACGCUGCGUCUCGGCCAGUCGUCUGAUGUGCGUCAGGGGGAGUUCGUGGUUGCCAUGGGGAGCCCUUUCUCUCUUAAAAACACAAUCACAUCUGGAAUCGUCAGUUCUGCCCAGAGAGGAAGUAGAGAACUGGGCCUGUCCAACUCCAACAUUGACUACAUCCAGACUGAUGCUACCAUAGAUUUUGGAAAUUCAGGAGGUCCCCUUAUAAACCUGGAUGGUGAGGUCAUCGGCAUUAAUACCAUGAAAGUGACUGCAGGGAUUUCCUUCGCCAUUCCCUCAGACAGAGUCCGCAUCUUCCUGGAGCGUGCGGCAGACAAACAGAAGUCCUGGUUUGGAGAAUCAGGAUCAAAACGGCGUUACAUUGGAGUGAUGAUGCUGACUUUGACCCCCAGUAUAAUCGAAGAGCUGAAGACGCGUGACAUGUCCUUCCCUGAUGUUUCUCAUGGAGUUCUCAUCCACCGUGUUAUUAUAGGAUCUCCCGCCAAUAGAGCUGGAGUGAAACCAGGAGAUGUUAUUGUUGAGAUCAACGGGUCAAAGGUGAACUCGUCAGAGGAGAUCUAUAACGCUGUGAGAACAAGCGACAGCAUAAACGUGGUGGUCCGGCGGGGGGCCGACCUCCUCAUGCUGCACAUGACCCCUGAACACACAGAGUGACGUCCCGUGAAGCUUACGCAUAUAAAUAAGAGAGUAAUAAAUGGUUCGGCUGAGUGAGAAAUGAGAAGCGAAAGAUG